AUGCAGCCCUGGCUGUGGAGCCUGGCGCUCUGGCUGCCGCCCCUGGCCACGCUGCCCGCGAGCGCGGCGCGAGAGGAGGAGGCAGAGAUGUCAGUUCCAAGAUGUAAAUCUCUGAAGGAAACGGACAUAAUUAAAACUUCAGUGUCAGACUGUUACUGCUACAAUCAAAAUUCGCAAAUGGAGUGGACAUAUAUGUGGUCAACUGUGCAGGUGACAGUUACCAGUCCAGGCCUGCUCAGUAUUGUGUAUAUCACAGGGAGUCAUAAUUGCCAGCAUCCAGGAACCAUUCUAUCAUUUAUCAAAUGUGUGAUUCAUAACUUUUGGGUACCAGAAGAGUGUAAUGAGAUGACCAUAGUCUUCAGUCCAUAUGGAGAAACUGUAUGCUUCUCUGUGAAGCCUGUCGGGAGGAUAUUUACCUACGUAGUAAGCGUGAAUCGAAACAUUGUGGAUUUCAAACUCUUCCUUGUGUUUGUAACUGGCAUUUUUCUUUUCUUUUAUGCAAAGACCUUGAGCCAAAGUUCUGUUUUCUAUUACUCCGCUGGUACCAUGUUAGGUGUUGUAAUGACACUAGUCUUUGUCCUUCUGAUGGCUAAGAGACACAUUCCAAAGUAUAGCACGUUUGGGGCGCUAAUGGUUGGUUGUUGGUUUGCUUCAGUUUAUGUUGUGUGCCGGUUGAUGGAAGAUCUGAAGCAGCUGUGGUGUGGAAACAGGAUGUAUGUAUUAGGCUAUGUCUUAGUUGUUGGACUCUUUAGCUUUGCUGCCUGUUACAGUCACGGGCCUCUUACUGAUGAUGGGAGCAGAAGCCUUCUGAUGUGGACACUGAGGUUGCUCUCCCUGCUUCUGGUCUACACCGGUGUGGCUGUGCCUCAGUUUGCCUGUGCAGCUAUGAUCCUCCUCAUGUUCUCCCAGAGUCUGCACUACCCACUGAGAGCACUCAGCUAUAUGAGGUGGAAAAUAAGGCCAUGGUUUACAACAGAACCGCCGGUGGUGAGGUAUCUCAGUGAUGAUGAGUACAGGGAGCAAACUGAGGCCGAAACAGCCAGAGCUCUUGAGGAACUGCGCCAAGCCUGCUGCAGGCCCGACUUCCCGUCCUGGCUGGCUGUCUCCAGACUCCAGGCUCCUAAAAAGUUUGCAGACUUUAUUCUUGGAGCCAGCCACCUGUCACCGGAGGAGGUCAGCGCCCAUGAAAAGCAGUAUGGCCUUGGGGGUGCCUUCUUGGAAGAGCAGCUCUUUAGCCUGCAGACUGACAGUCUACCUGGAAGUUGACUUCCAGGCAAGGAAGUCAAAAGGCAAAGCUGCGUGACAGCUGGGAAGAACCCAUCUGGCGGGCAGUGGGAAAAGUAUGCCCUGCAGAGAAAAGGAAGCCAUACGAGUAAGGAAAGCCUCAUCUGCCGAAGAGAACCUACCCCUGCAGCUCACUUGCUAUCUGUGGGUAGCACGAAGACUGUAAGAACCACUUCCACUUGCCGGGAAUGAAGACCUUCACUAGAACAAUGGGAACCUGCUGUUUGGACCAGUAGCAGGAGCUGAGGCCUUCCCUCCAACAGGCACGAGUCCUCCCCUGAUGCCCCAAAGCUAGAUCAAAAGACUGUAUCAGUCCUCCGUGUCAGCGGUACCAGUCUUUUCUAAAGUGCCGUCUGCAGGGCACUAGUAAGUGCUGUUGAAGGAGUUCCGAGGCUGGCUGCGGCAGGUUUCUCCGUCUCUCGUGGUGUGAAGGCAUUGUGGGUCUGCUAAGAGGCCGACAGUCAUAUACAAGGACUUACCAUAAACCAUUUUCCCUGAGAGCAAUAAUCUUGAGAACAGAUGUUUGGAAGUGCUAUUGAUGGUGGAACUUAGGUUUGAGAGUCAGAAUGGAAGUGUCCUCAGCAGCCUUGGCAGCACUUCAUCCCUGGUGCAUCCUGGGACUCAGGUGUAAGCCACUUCUUCAUUUGCAGGUUCAGGACUGUCUCCCUACAGUCUUGGUCCCACAUUGUUGGUGCCUCAAGUGUUUGUUUGUUUUUAAUUUAAAUAAUGGCCAGUUAGCCAUUAGCUUCUUAAUAACUAUGAUUAAAAAGAAACAUUUCUUUGAAUUAUGUUCAAUGUUUUGACAAGAUUUUAUAUGCAGACCGAUUAAAACUAUAAUUUUGUACUUUUUAUAUAUUAAAGUUAAAAGC